AUGUCUCCUAGCGCUCUUGCAGAAACCUCAGUCGAUGUCCUCAUCAUCGGUGCAGGCCCGGCAGGUUUAAUGUGCGCCAAUAGCCUUGCUAGGGCUGGGGUCAACUUUCGCAUUAUCGAUCAGAGGUCCAGCAAAGUUGCAGCAGGGCAGGCUGACGGUGUGAUGCCCAGAACAAUCGAAAGCUAUGGACUUGCCCAGCGGCUGCUUGACGAAGGGAACCAGAUACACAUGGCGGCAUUCUAUAACCCGUCGGCGGAUGGCGGAAUCAAGCUCACUGACCGGGUCCCUGGGAUCACCGCCGAGAAUGCGAGGUAUCCUUUUGAAGUCACCCUCCAUCAAGGCGCCAUUGAGGCUAUAUUUUUGGACUCGAUGCGAUCUAUGGGCGUCCAAGUCGAGCGACCGAUUGUGCCGGUAUCUCUGGAAAUCACAGAAGACGUCGUGGAACGGAGCGACCCCAACGCCUAUGCCGUUCGGGUAGCAUGGGAGUUUCCUUUCACUCCAAAUACUGGACUGAUGACAAUACGUAGUCAUCUGGACCCCGCUCCAGGUCAAGCUCCCAUUGAGAUAGUCAAUGCAAAGUUUGUUGUUGGCGCUGACGGCGCUCACUCAUGGGUCCGCAAAACCCUUAAUAUUUCCAUGGAUGGAGAACAAACGGAGUAUAUCUGGGGUGUCAUUGACGUGAUUGCAGAUACCGACUUGCCCGAUUUUCGUAACAAAGCUGCGAUACAUUCUAUCAAUGGCUCUUGUAUGGUCAUCCCACGAGAAGGAGAUAAGAUCAGGCUGUAUAUUCAGCUGGAAGGGAAAGACGUUAUCAAUGCUGACGGUAGAGUGGACAAGUCGAAAAUGGGACCGGAAAAGAUCCUAGAGGUUGCCAGGCGAUCAUUCUAUCCGUAUACUAUCAAAACGCCUAAAGAGUUGGACUGGUGGACCAUUUACAUCAUCGGUCAGCGAGUUGCAUCCAGAUACUCCGUUAGCGAACGCGUUUUCAUCUCCGGUGAUGCAUGCCAUACUCAUUCGCCUAAAGCUGGCCAAGGAAUGAAUGCGAGCAUAAAUGACACGCACAAUUUAGCCUGGAAGCUUGCUUAUGUCCUGCGCGGUUGGGCGGAUCUCUCCCUGCUCAAAACGUACGAAUCAGAGAGGCGACAAUACGCACUGGAUCUCAUCAACUUUGACAAGAAAUUUGCCAAGCUCUUUUCAGGUAAACCGAUCAGCAAGGAGUACAAGAAUGGCGUCUCUCAUGAAGAGUUCCUCCGGGCCUUCCAAACAUUUUCAGGAUUCUCGUCAGGGAUUGGAAUACAUUAUACCGAGUCGAGCAUCGUCAAUAGUACAUACCAAGAUGUUGCGUCCAAGCUUAUCGUAGGAAAGCGUGUACCGCCUGAGAUGGUCCUUCGAGCAACCGACUCACGUCCAUUCAACAUCCAAGAUCUCCUCCCAUCUGAUGCUCGAUUCAAGCUUCUCGUCUUCACCGGAGACACAUCACGCGCAUCUACUCUUGCCACUCUACAGCAGUCCGCUGACGACCUCCAGUCCAUUCUAACCAGAUACUGCGCAGCAGGAUCAAUCACAUCCGUGUUCGACAUCAUCUCAAUCAGCUCUGAGAGCAAAGCGACGAUUUUGUAUAACGCGCUACCUCCUCUGUUGAGGUCUCAUUGGACGAAGGUUUAUGUAGCCAAUAUUAAUGGCCUCCAAGACGACAAUGUCUACGCCAGAUACGGAGUUGCUGCCGAUGGCGCAGUGGUGGUUGUUCGCCCCGAUGGAUACGUCGGGAUGAUGAGGCCACUGCAAAAGAUCGAAGACUUGAACUCAUAUUUCCAGUUGUUCAUGGAAUGCUGA